AUGCUACUUGCUCCCCCCACCACGAGCCAGUCCUCUGGCCGUAGCCAGCCGGCACCAGUGACGAACUUCACCGGCAGUGAUAAUGCCACAGGCAUGUGGCCCCCGUACCUCCCAUACUACCCCGGCCAGACUGCACCUCCUUCUACUACUGGAUAUGGACCUUAUUACCGUUGGGCUAUGCCGCAAUACGGACCGAUAGGUCAUCCAAGUUACGGGAUGCACUACCUGCCUCCAGCCCAUGCUCCUGCAUACACAAAUCCCUGGAACAGACCGCACAGUGAUCAUCCUCAGUCGUACGUCCCUCCACCUAGACCGGCGGCACCGGAUGAGAGACAUGUUCUGAGAAAUGACCUGCGUGUUGGCGUCACCUCGACGACUCAGCAGAAUCGUCCCCUUGAGGACUCUCCUCCUCGCAUGGAAAACCUACCUUUCCUCCGUCCCCCCAGUGUCAGUCCUCAGCACCCGAAUCAAGUUCCUUCCAACUCCCUUCAGUUCCGGGCUCAUGCCAACGCUCAAACUCCAACACGUAGCCAAAGACAACGGCCAAGCUCGUCAACUCGAGCAACUCGGCUAUCACGGAGCCAGACGACCAACCUCACCAGUACUGCUUCUGGAAAUCGCGUCAACAACCACAGAAGACAGCGGUCUACUGCCCACCCUCCUCGCACAGUCAGCAACCAACCUGCUCAGCGUCCUGCAUCCUCGACUCAAGGCAGACAGGCUUCCACCCACGGUGGCUUUUCUGUAAAUCCGAACGCUCCAGUCUUCCACCCGGAUCCAGUCCAGGAUACAGCACAGAGCCCGCUUUCUGCUGAACCAGAAACAAUUGUUACUCCUGCCCGUCCUUCUGCUGUUGAUUCUAGUCGUCCUCAGGCUACUCCAGCAAGGACUACGUCUCACACGCAGGGCCAGACUCCUGCUCAGUUUCAGCCUGCUCUGGUCGUUUCCCCCUCUGUUCCUUCUCCGAACUACCCUCUUCCAGUCUGGGCUAUGACCACCGCUCAGGUCAGCCCUACUUCACCCACAAUUACAACUCCUGCUCAGGCGAAUUUUCGUUUUGCUAAGAUUACAUCCCCGCCUGAGUGUCCUCUUCUUCUCUUGGGAGCUUCAACGUCCACUCCAGUUCAUUUCACUCCUGGUAGACCCACAACUCCUAUUCAGAUACCUCCCACUCCAACAAAGCGUGCAAUCAGAUUUGAGGAGUCACCAAUCAUGGCACCCAAAACGGCGACUCCUUUAGCCAACGCCGAGUCCAAAAGGUAUCACUCCAUUCUGGAAGCACCAAAUCUGGCAGACAACGAGGAAGGUCCCCUGAAGGAGCCUGAGAGGUACGACGCGGUUUCUCGAGCUCAAAAUAAUGCACGUCUCCAACGACACAGAAUUCAAAUGCUCGAUCUCGACGCUGCUGUGAAAGGGUCUUCCGAAACAGGCUACAUUCCUGGCUCUGUGCAUAUUAGCCAUCGCAGUGACGAGGAGAUUGCCCGGCGCAUGGCUGCUGAGCAAUAUAACCCACCCCCGACCAGCAAUAAGCUUCCGCAGAACCCUCAUCCUGCGACACAGCCUGUUGCACGCUCGCUCUAUUCUCAUGUUGCUGUUGGCCAGGGCCCCACUCAGCCUGAGCCAAUGCCCUUUUAUCCCCAUGUUCCUGCUACCGCAGGCUUUACUGAGCCUGAACCACCUGUGCCACCCGGCCUACCGCGUCCUCCGACCCCGGACCUCCGACCUCAAUCCCAGGAGUUGUUGAACGAAUCCAGUCUUCUUCCAGUCUACGACUUCAAGGCAUCCAUGGAGCGUGGACAGUUCAGACAAUACCCACCCACUGGCUGGAAUCUGCAUAUUCGGACUCAGUGCCGUCCUGAUCAAGUCGUCGACGCGAUUGAGCAAGGUAUCAAGCAGGAAUUCCAUAAUCUGGCGGACUGGCAUGAGGGCGGCUUGGAUGCAGUGAGCGUGGUGAAAAGAGCCUGCGGUAACCUCAGGUGGUACGCUGAUCAUGGCUACGCCAAUUUCCAGGGAAGCCAGGCUGCGAUAGAACGCCGGAAUGAUACCUCUGCAUGUAGACAGACAACUUUUGCUCCCGAGGCACAGUUUGACACCUCGAGCUUUCAAGGCCGCCGGGUCUUUCUGAACAACGCCACCCUCGUCCCGUACAUGGGUCCACCUUGCAUUGGCAAUGCGCCUCCGAGCAACAAUCCAUCCUCGGCCAAUGUUGCGCCUCCGAGAAACGACCCGUUCUCAAGCACUGCUGUGCCCCUACCGGCCUCUCGGGAUGCCAAUGUCUGGCCUUCCUGGUGUGAUAGAGCGCGGAAGGAAAACAUGGACCCUCGCUCUUUGGAUCUUCUCUGGGAUUUGCAGCAUUCGCGUGCAGGCCCUGUCGAGCACCCUGCGUUCACUCGUCCUGUCCGCUCUCUGCCCCAAGGAUCCCUGUCACAUCUGGGUAUUGAUGUUCCUCCUGUGGACAUGCACACUGCGACUAUGGCACCUCAGCGUCCUUCGAACCUUCAGCCACCCAUUGGAACUCUUUUUCCUACUUCUCUGCAAGCUGCUCCUUUGGCACAGCGCUCGCUGGAUCCUUCCAUGUAUCCACACACGGCUCCGAGAAUUAAUUCCUCCAAUGGCCCUCCUUUUAUGCACUCACCCGGCCUAGCUCCGGUACAGCACUCCCAGCGCCACAUGGAUACCACCUACAUGUAUCCGCGCGCUUCUCUGCUGCCGCAUCUUGCAUCUAGUACUUUCAGAAUGUCCUCAAACGCGGGUUCUGUAUUGACUCAGCCAACUGAGCCCACUCAGUUGUCUUUCGUUAUUAACCCCCAGGGUCCUGAUCCGACACUACCUCCGCCUACCCCAAUGAACCGUACCAUGGCUCGCAUGAGCGGCUCGGUCAGUGCCGACAAGUACACCGCUUUGGUUCAGUUCGGGUCUCAGGACCUCGAUGGCUCUCCCUCUCCCAAUGCGAGGCGCCAGUAA